AUGGGGGUUAUUGCACGAGUGGAAUAUAUGGAUCUUGAACUCUGUGGGAGACAUGACACUGCCAGAGGCUUAAAAGUGUUUGGCCUCAGACGCAGUUGGCUAGUGUUUGCUAUUCUUGGGGUCAAGAAUAUACCCGACGACAACUUGCCACUUGAAGGAACUAGUCGGCUCACGGGCUUGGGGAAAGCGAAAUUAGCACUUGAGAGGGGAAUAGUCUCUCCUAGUGCUAAUUUUGAGCGUCUGAAUCCUAAAAUUGACGCUGACUACUUGAACAUUGCUCACUCUACCGUUGAGAAGCCUCCAUUACCGGAGGAUAUAGCUCGACGUUGGAAAGCUUCCUUAGGCCAUUGUUAUAACUCUGCUACAAAACUGGGUGGUGUUUCCGGGUUUUCCGGAGGCAGCGAAGACCCUGACGGAGGACUCGCCGACGGAUUGGAGACAAACGAAUCCAUUUACCCCAGAUUACAGCCCAGACUACUUGUUUGGUCAUCUUCUGAUAAAGAAGGGAUAUCUAGGAUUGCGUUGUCAUAUUCUCAGUAUCUCCAUCAACUCUCUCUUGAGCAGGGAAAGAAAUCUUAUCUUGAUAAUGUCGCCUACACCUUGGGGACUCGACGAAGCCUUGUACCAUGGAAGUCAUUCGUUGUUGCUGAUUCUCUUCGAAAUAUCAGUCUAGAAACUUCAAUGUCGAAACCAAGGUUAUCGACUCCGAAAUCGUAUCUGGGGUUUGUCUUCAGUGGCCAAGGGUCGCAAUUGUACGCUAUGGGAAGGGAAUUGUUAUAUUAUCCAGUAUUUAAGCGUAGUCUCCAAGAUGCUAAUGAGUACCUGCGCAAUAUCGGGUGUCCUUGGUCUCUGUUAACCAGGGCCUGUGUACUGCACUGCAAAUUGCUUUGAUCGACCCUCUCGCGAGUUUCGGUAUUUUUCCUUCCGUUGUAGUUGGCCACUCAUCCGGGGAGAUCGCGGCUGCAUACACUGUCCAUUUCAUCUCACGUCGGUCGGCAUGGAAGCUAGCUUAUUAUCAUGGUGUUCUCUCUUCCACUUCGAGUAGAGACACUCACACGAUGAUGUCAGUUGGCCUUUCCGCAGUCCAACUCUCACCAUACUUCGAGAAAGUCGCAGCCAAUUCGAGAAGUUAGAGGUUGUUGCUGCAUGUAUAAAC